AUGGCAGAUACAAGGCAUAUAUCUUCUUCAACUUCUGAUCCAGAAGUUAACCCAGUAACGGAUGCAUUUUCCCAAGUGGCAGAAGCUCUUAGAAAACAAACUAUGACUACUCAACAAAUUAUUCGGGAGCUAAGGGAGGAUCGUGCAACCAGAAAUCACACUCAUAAUUCUGAAAGUGAAAAUAGACCUAGAACUGCAAAUACUAAGGAAGGACUUAAUUCUGAUUAUAAAGGACUCACUGAAUUCCGUAAGCAUAAACCUUCCACUUUUCGUGGAGAUUAUAAUCCUGAGGCAGCCAUGGAAUGGGUGAAAGAACUUGAAAAAAUAUUCCUGGUAAUGUACUGUCCUAAUACUCAUCGUGUAAACUUUGCCACAUACUUAUUGAUUGGAGAAGCAGAGCAUUGGUGGACAAAUACCAAAAGAUAUUUUCAAAGCCAAGGAACAGAGAUUACUUGGACAAUAUUUAAAGAUGCCUUUUUGGAAAAAUACUUUCCUCAAAGUGUAAGAAACAGAAAAGAAAUAGAAUUCCUUGAACUGAAACAAGGAAACAUGACCAUUGGACAAUAUGUGACAAAAUUUGAAGAACUGUCCAGAUAUUCUAACUAUGUACAAAAUCAACCUAAUGAGGAAUGGUUGACAACUAAAUUUGAAUCUGGACUAAAACCUGAACUAAAAAGCAUGAUAAUAGGACACCAAAUAAGGAAUUUUUCAUCAUUAAUAAACAGGUGUAGAGAUACUGAAGCAAAUAUGAAGGAGGCUGAGGAUGCAAGAGAGAAAGACAGAGCCUCAAAUCGAAGAAGGAAUGAGGACAACAACAAAGGAAGGUUUCCACGGGCGCAAAACUUGGGAAAUAAUUUUGCUAGCAAUGGAGGGAAGCAGAAUGCGGGUCGGACGAAUUUCCAGAUUCAGGUAUGUCCAAAAUGCAAGAAAAAUCAUGCUGGAGAAUGUUUGGGAGGAAGAGAUGUGUGCUUUAAGUGUGGGAAGCCUGGACAUAUGUUGAGGAAUUGUCCUCAGAAUCAAGGUCAUAAUUCAUCAAACCAACCUACAACAAGAGGAAGAGUUUUCACCCUAAGUGGUCAGGAAGCAGCUCAAGCUUCAAACUUGGUUCAAGGUACGGGCUUAAUACAAGAUUAUCUUAUAACUGUACUUUUUUAUUCUGGGGCUACUCAUUCUUUCAUAUCCUUAUCUUCUGCUCAAAAGUUAAAAUUACCAAUUUCCAUUUUACCUUCUUAUCUUGAAAUCUUUCUUCCUACUGGAGAAAAGAUAACCACAUCUCAAGUCUGUAGAAAUUGUCAUCUUCAACUCGAAGGGAAAUUGUUUGAGAUAGAUUUAGUUUGCUUGCCUAUGAUUGAUAUAGAUGUGAUUCUUGGUAUAAAUUGGUUGUCUGCUAAUUGUGUGGUCAUUGAUUGUCAUAAUAAAAGUAUAAUUUUCACAAAUGAGUCAGAACUUUCCAAUGAAUCUUUAUUCUUGUCAACUUCCCAACUUAGGAAGAGUUUGUCAGAUGGAGCACAAGGAUAUGUUAUCUUUAAUCUUUCAGAAGCAAAGGUUAAACCUGAUGUAGCCAGUAUCCCUAUGGUCACUGAAUACUCAGAGGUUUUUUCGAAUGAAAUUUCAAGUUUACCCCCAAAUAGAGAAAUUGAAUUCUCCAUUGACCUAAUACCUGGAGUAGGGCCAAUUUCUAUUGCACCCUAUAAGAUGUCACCUGUAGAGCUUGUUGAACUAAAGAAACAAUUAGAGAAACUUUUAUCAAAGCAGUUCAUUAGACCUAGUGUGUCACCUUGGGGAGCAUCAGUGCUCUUUGUCAAGAAAAAAGAUGGAAGUAUGAGGUUGUGUGUGGAUUAUAGGCAACUAAACAAAGUCACCAUUAAAAAUAAAUAUCUUUUGCCUCGGAUAGAUGACCUUUUAGAUCAGUUGAGAAGAGCCACAGUAUUUUCUAAAAUAGAUUUAAGGUCAGGAUAUCACCAGAUCAAAAUUAAGACUGAAGAUAUUCCAAAGACAGCCUUUAGGACUAGGUAUGGACAUUAUGAGUAUCUAGUUAUGCCUUUUGGAUUGACAAAUGCUCCAGCAGUAUUUAUGGAUUAUAUGAAUAGAAUUUUUAGACCUUACCUAGAUCAAUUUGUAGUGGUGUUUAUAGAUGAUAUUUUAAUAUAUUCUAAGGAUAAAGAGGAGCAUAAAGAGCACUUAAGAAUAGUUUUACAAAUUUUGAAAGAUAAGCAAUUGUAUGCCAAACUUUCAAAAUGUGAAUUCUGGAUGGAAGAAGUUAAGUUCUUAGGACAUGUUAUUUUAAAAGAAGGAGAACAUGUCUUUCUUAAACUUUCUCCUACCACAGGUGUAGGCAGAACUCCCAAAGUUAGGAAACUGAGUCAUAGGUAUAUUGGUCCAUUUCAAAUACUUCAAAAAAUAGGGCCAGUUGCUUACCAACUUGCUCUUCCACCUCAUCUUUCCAAUCUCCACAAUGUUUUUCACGUUUCUCAGCUUAAAAAGUAUGUCCCAGAUCCCUCUCACAUUCUUGAUAUAGACUCAGUACAAGUUAAAGAAAACAAAAAGAAAAAGGAAGCUUUGUUAAUUUGA